UUUAGGUUCAGAUAAUAUUAUUGAUUUUUAUGGAUUUACAAAAGAUCCAAAUACUUCAAAAUAUAUGGUAGUAAUGGAUUAUGCAAAUGAAGGUAAUUUAAGAGAAAAUUUAACAACAAUAGUUAAAAAUCAUUGGAAUACAAAAUUACAUAUGUUGUACGAAAUUAUUUCUGGACUUAGUAAUAUACAUGAAAAAAAUCUUAUUCAUUGUGAUUUUCAUGAUGGUAAUAUUUUAAAUCAUAAUGAUGAGUAUGGUGAUAUUAAAAUUUAUAUUAGUGAUUUAGGAUUAUGCCAACCUGUAAAAUCAUUUUUGAAAAAGUAUGAUAUUUAUGGUGUUAUACCAUUUAUGGCACCUGAAGUUUUAAGAGGCAAAUCUUAUACUCCAGCUAGUGAUAUAUAUAGUUUUUCUAUGAUUAUGUGGGAACUUACAUCCGGAGUACCACCAUUUAAUAAUAGAGCACAUGAUAUUCAACUUAGUUUAAGUAUUUGUAAAGGUGAACGUCCUGAAAUUAUUGAAAAUACUCCACAAUGCUAUGUAGAUUUAAUGAAAAAAUGUUGGAAUGAAGAUCCAUUAAAAAGGCUAUCUACAUCAGAAGUGGAAGAAGUUAUUAAGAAAUGGAUUUUCCGUCCUUUUCGAGUCAGUAAAGAAGUAAAAAGCAACAUUAUGGAAUUUAUAAAUGCACCAAUUGGGCGUAAUAAUCUAGCUACUAAAUCUCAUCCUAAAGCAUGUUAUACAAGUCGCGUACUUGAUUUCACUAGUAAAAAAUUGAAUGAAAUUCUUGAAACUGAAAAUUUGGAUAAUUAUAUGAUUAAAGAUUUAAAGUCAUUAGAUGAAAAUACUAGUGAAAACUUGAGUGAAGUUCUUGAAAGUGAAGGUUCACAAGCUAGUGUAAAAGUAAAUGAAAUGCUAGUAAGUGAAGAUUUGAAUGAUUAUAUAAUUAAACAUUAGAUAUUAAAACAGAUGAAAAUUAACCAAUUAUUCGUAUUUUAAAAUGAUUUAUAGUCUUUUUUAAGUGGAUAUUUGAUAUCAUGCAUUCAACAAAAAUUUGUUCUUUAUUUUAUAUUUUAUCUUUAAACACUAAGACUAGAGUAGUAAAAUUUUUUUAAAGUUUCUUAGUUUGUAAUUUAAAUAAUUCCUUUAUUU